CUCAUGACAUACGCUGGGAGGGCAGGGCUAGAUCUCGCAGCACAAAGAGAGCCGAGCUCGCUGCGUCUUCAAGCGAGUUCCCGGUACUUCUUCUUCCUCCGCGGGGACGCGCGGCGGCUUCAACGCUUCGUAAAGUUGGGAAGUUGGCGAAGUUCGGAAGUUUGCCUCUCGACGGCCUUUGUUUGGAAACAGUCCUCAGAUGAAAACAGAUAGCAGGGGGACAGCGGAGAGGGAGACAGACAGACAGACAGAGCGACAGAGGCAGAAGGGAGGAAGUGUCCUUCCUUCUGUCCAUCAUUCAGCCCUCCGUCACCCCACCCCUCCACCCCUCCACCAUCCACCAUGUUGUCUAGGCGACGGCUGUGCGUUGUAGCUGUCUCCACUGUGGUCCUCUUGAUAGCCAGUCAGAGGAUCCACAGAGCAGACCUCUUCCUGUCCACGCCCCCAAAACCAGGCUCCAGUCCAAAUACCUCCUCUAACUCAACAGCUAUCCAGCAAGCAGCUGCACUCCCUGGGCAGCCGUCUUUAGGCGAGGCCCAGGCUGAGGCUCAAGGGCCGGGCCACCCAAGGCUGGUGCAGACCCCUGCUCCAGAGAGGUGUGGCUGUGACAAGGGGUGUGUCCGAGAGACGGAUUCUUCUGAUUGGUUCAGGCAGCAUUUCGACCCUCGCCAGCUUCCUGUCCUCAACUCCACUCACAUCCUGGAGCCCCAGGCUCUGAGCUGGUGGCUGGGUUUACAGAGCAACGCUGACAAACAGAAGCUGGAGGAAGUGAUGUCACAGCUCUUCCAGGUAAUCCCUGCCCCUUCCCUGGACCUCCGGCCCCUCCCUUUCCGUUGCCAUAGCUGCGCAGUUGUUGGAAACUCUGGCAACCUGCGUCACUCUGGACAUGGAAAGAUGAUCGACUCACACACAUCAGUCUUCAGGAUGAACAAGGCGGUGACCUCAGGAUUUGAGGAGGAUGUAGGAAACAGAACAACGCAUCACUUCCUGUACCCGGAGAGUGCCGUUGACAUCGUGGGCGGAGCCAGCCUGGUGCUACUGCCCUUUAAGAUCCGAGACCUGCAGUGGUUAACCAGCGCCCUGUCUACUGGCACCAUCACCAUGACCUAUAUGAGAGUGAAGGACAGAGUUAAAGCAGAUAAAGAUAAGGUGUUGGUGGUGAAUCCAGAGUUCUUUAAGUACUGUCAUGACCACUGGACAGAGCGUCACGGUCGCUACCCCUCCACCGGCCUGGUGGCCCUCAUCUUCGCCCUGCACACCUGUGACCAGGUGUCUCUGUAUGGCUACGGGGCGGACAAGGACGGGAACUGGCACCACUACUGGGAGGAGAACCGCUUCGCGGGCGCCUUCAGGAAGACGGGCGUCCACAGCGCCGAGUACGAAACCCAGAUCAUCCACCGCCUGGCCCAAGAGCACAAGAUCACCCUGCACACCUGACACCACCCAAAACAUGACCCCACCCAAAACCUGACCCCACCUCGAGCGGUCCCACAGAGGGGGGGCCCUGUCCGCCCACAGGAGGACCAAAGAAUUAGAACGGCUCCUUUCAAGGAGAGCGAAACCGCGACCGUCGGGAGCUCCAACAACAACCAGCACCACCCAGCUUCACCUGUUGUGUCUCCAACACCAGCCGGCACCACCCAGCUUCACCUGUUGUGUCUCCAACACCAGCCGGCACCACCCAGCUUCACCUGUUGUGUCUCCAACACCAGCCGGCGCCACCCAGCUUCACCUGUUGUGUCUCCAACACCAGCCGGCGCCACCCAGCUUCACCUGUUGUGUCUCCAACACCAGCCGGCACAACCUGUUACUCUCUCCAUUCACUAUUAUCACGAUGUGCCUUGAUAGCCUAGAGCGAUCACAACUCGUCCAAGUGAACUCAUGAUUUUAAAGUCAUCACAUUUUCGUAUCACAUGAAUAUUAAAUGAGCACAUCCAAGUAACACGUGAUUAUAAAGUCAUCACAACUACGUAAAUACAUGAAUAUUGAGUGAAGUCUUCUAGGUAGCAGAUUUAUAUUCAGUUGCUUAGACCAAGAACCAAGCGUUACUCACAAUAACACAAUGGUUUUGGUCUGGUCUGCAUCGCCUUGCUGGCUAUCAUUUCAUCACGAAGCAGACAGAAAUGGCUAUAUGAAGAAUAUGAACAAUGGAAAACAUUGCCGAGUUGUAAGUGUUUAUGUGUAUAAAUUAUUCAGACGUUUUGAACUCUCGCUGACGUUCUCCGAGGAAGGAUGUCCUCGCCCAAAGGUUCCCUCGACCGGCCGGACGGUGACGACUGUGAGCAGAACGUUGGUGGAGCUCGACGGUCGGCUUGAGUUCACCAAAGAAACCUUCGUCCCGUCACGACGUCAGGAGACGGACGCCAUGUUGAUCUAACCCCGACACCACCCGACGCCACCGGACACCCCAACACCACCCUUACACCGCUCCACACCUUAACACCACUGGAUACCCCAACA